CGGGGAUCCAGCGCCCCGUGAAAAAAAGAACCAUCGCUGACCUUCAUCGACUCUGACCGUCCAUGUCCAUCCGAAGACUGACCGGGCUCACCGCCCUGGUCGCUUUGAGCUCUUCCUCCGCAGAGGAUGUGGUGGCUUCGUGUAUCGCAGACUUCGAGGACGAAUGAAGCGGAUCGCGAUUCGAAGUGGAUCCCAGACACUCUAGAACAGGGUGUGGAGUGUUGGGUGUGGAGCAGUCUUAGUCUUCUGGGUGUGGAGUCAGGUUUAGUCUUUGCAGUUAGUGUUGGUAUGUUUUGGUUGUUCUGUUGCUCGUUCUGAUGCGCAGUUUGUGGGGUGUUUCAGGGUGAUUCAGUUUUGUGCUGGGCAGGCAGUGACUGCAGUGGGUUUUAACGUGAUGGUCCAUGAGUGUAUUGAGAUCAGAUCUAAGCAGCAGCCGCGGCUAUUAGCGGAUCCCCAGCCUGGCAUACUCAUAAAUGUCCUCGCAUUAGAGCCAUUUAGUAACUGGAAAACAACUUGUGUUAGGAACAGUAGUAGACAUAUACAGUGUGAUAUUAUGUGAUCAUGUUUGAUAAGAUGUUGGGGAAGGCACUCACUAGUAGUUCACCUGGCCAAUAUCACGACACCCUUUACAAUCCCUUUCACACAAGCGCCCAGAGACUGCUCGAGACCCAUGUCUUAGGCCUCAGCUUCAUUGCUUUGACUGAAAGGAUGAAGAUUUGCGAAACUGUUCAUUAAGCUAAACCAAUAUGUUUGCACUUCCGACUGUCCCUACACUGAGCUGUUGCGCCACGGGGGGUCUACUCGAACCUUCUAGGUAAAGUCUUUGUAUCCCUAUCUAUUCUUGGCUUCCAGGGUGAGUCACAGGUAUUCUUCCCUCAGCUCAUUGGGUAAAUCCGCAACUCCCCCUAGCUCCUUCUCGUUGGAUCUAAUGCGUCAGUCAACGCAGGUGGCCGACGAGUUGAUGCUGCUACAGGGCAAGGUGCACUUGCACUCCAUGGAAGUUGAUUCAGAGGGCGACAGGGCAGUCCUGGAGAUGGAGAGACAGAGAUUUGGGAAGUCCUCGCAUUCUGCGGAGGACAUCGACAUCGGUGCCGCAACUGGAGUGGGUGUGCUCGAAGAGCAGCAUGCGCACUACUUGGUGAAUGAGCUGCGAGAACCACAGAUGCCGCAACUCUGGGAGCUUUGGAAGAAGCGGUUCCAAAGCUUCAGCCACGAGCCCUGGGUCCUUGCUCUCAAGGAGAAGACCCUUCGCUUCGGUCGUCGCGCAGCUCUCCUGGCCGUCGAGGCUGGCCACAGCACUGCCCAAACACUCGCCAGCACUCCUCAACGAGCACUCCAGUGGAUCCACAGCACGGUCCCGACCCCGCGUGCUCCCGACCCCGCGUGAGAGGCAACACAUUCUUUGGUGAUGCCCACCAUGACGCUGACCGCUUUUCGGGUCAUGGGCACCGACACCCAAGCGACACCGUCGAGACUGGUCGGUGCGGAGGAAAAACGUCCUUCGAGAUACACGUCCUACUUAUAGAUGAGUUGUUCCAUCCCAUUGCCACGGGCCUUUCAUGUGUGUUCUUUUUUCCAAGCGAGCUGACAUCACCAACCAGAUGAGAUUUACCCCAACUACGCAGGCCGUGGUAGGCCUGCUCAACGCUGCAAUCCUGGCUCCCUUGAUCCGUUUUGCCGUGCUUGCAGCCGCUUUGGCUGUGGUGAAACUGGUAC